CGGAGACAGAACCAAAAACCGUUUUGAGGACCUUGCUGAUUUAUUCUGAUGGGUUUGGAGGAGAGGGCUGCCACUUAUGACAGCCAGAACGGCAAAGGUGAUCAGAGUCAUCAGACUAUUUGCAAGCAUGGAUUUUCCGACCUUUCGCACAUUUCUCCGGUGGUGUUCUUAUACCUCUUGAAAGAAUGUUACUUUAUUGGCACAUGCAAGGCAACUAAGAAGUUCCGAGCUCUUCAAGAACAGGUCCAUCUAGUGCUGCGCAAUGACCCCCAACCUGGACCAGCUACUUUUGUUGUCCAGUGCCUCUAUGUCUUGCCUAUUUUCGACUUAUACUGUGAAGGGUUCAGUCACUUAAUUAUAUCUGCUCUACGCCGUUUCCUAAAAGAAGAAGCUUCCGUGGGGGACAAUUUGGAACCAAAAGACCUUGCUGCCAAGUUAUUUCUAGAUAUUGUUGGGGGCUCUGUCAACCAUGAUGAGAGGAUAGUUGAGAAGAUACUUGAAGUUUUUGAUGUUCAGUUAGAGAACAUUCAAAAAGCUCUGUGCCCAAAUGCAAUGAAUGAUGACAGUUUUAGCAUGGCAACAAAAUUUGUUGAGGAUUAUAUAUAUCACUUGAUAGAGUGUCAGACAUACAUGACUGCAGUUACUCUAUUGGCGCACUUCUGUAUCCGCCAGUCUGGUCAAUCUUUUCUGCUUUCUAUGAUAGAAAGCAAACAAUUGAAAGCAGCAGAGAAGUGGGCAACCUUCAUCGGGAAGCCAAUGUUAUGUGUUCUGGUCCAAGAGUAUUCUGAUAGAAACAUGCUGCAGGAUGCUUAUGAGAUUAUACACAAAAACAAUCUCCGACAGGAAUUCCCAAAUGUUUGUCACAAGUAUAAAGAGAGUUCAUUAAAGAAAUUAGCAGAAAAAGGAUGCUGGGACGUUGCAGAAGCAAAGACAAAGAGUGAUAGACAACUCCUUGAAUACCUGGUUUAUUUAGCCAUGGAAGCUGGUUACACAGAAAAGGUUGAUGAACUAUGUGAUCGAUAUUCACUACAAGGUUUCUUGAAUGUCAAAGUGCCUGAGCCAAGCCUUCUCCAUAAUCGCUAUUUGCAUCUGAAUGAGUUAGCUGUAGGAGGUGUCUUUUGGGUUGAUGAAGUUGAUGCUUUGCAUAAGGCGACCUGCCAUUUUGAGGAAUGCAAAGUUGUGGGUCUUGAUUGUGAAUGGAAACCGAAUUAUGUUAAAGGUAGCAGACCAAACAAGGUUUCUAUUAUGCAAAUUGCUUCUGAUAAAAUGGUUUUCAUCCUUGACUUGAUCAAAUUAUAUCAAGAUGUACCUGAUGUUCUGGAUGACAGCUUAACUCGUGUUCUACAGUCUCCUGGGAUCCUAAAGCUUGGUUAUAAUUUUCAAUGCGAUAUGAGGCAGCUGGCUCAGUCAUAUGAAGAUUUAGAGUGUUUCAAGCACUAUCAGAUGCUACUGGACGUUCAGAAUGUGUUCAAAGAACCUCGUGGUGGUCUGUCCGGGCUUGCAAAGAAAAUACUCGGAGUUGGUUUGAACAAGACAAGAAGGAACAGCAAUUGGGAGCAACGGCCUCUGACACCCAAUCAGCUGGAAUAUGCAGCUCUUGAUGCAGUUGUACUGGUUCACAUAUUUGGCCACGUUCGCACUCAUUCUCAGCCUGCUGAUGGAGAGGGACAUGGAAAACUUGAGUGGAAAUCCUGCAUUGUUUCCAACAUGACUAACAUGAAGAAGUUCAAAAAGUGAAGUCCCAAGGAGUCUCCUGAAGCUCAGGCAAAGGAGCAUAAGAGCAUUUAGCAGUUUAGUUAUCUGUGCGUCUAGUU